UGAUGGUGUUUAACCAUGAACAGAAACAACAUUCUGUAUCAUAUACUUGAUUUUCUUCUUAGAAUGCAAUGACCACGUAUUAUUUUAGCUUCCAAGUAUCUUUUACUAGAAAACCAACAAACCUUAUCCAACCUGCUCCCUGGGUACCAGGGUUAACGAGGAGUCCUAAUGACCAGGCUAGGCCUCUAAGAGCCUCGACACACGCCACUGAGCUUUGGGGCUGCUAAUUCAAAAAUGGAGGAUGAGCGCCUCAACCAUUAAUUAAUAAUGUAGCUCUCUGUCUUCCUGCGUGUCACAAGCUGGAAAGGCGGUGAUCGGCCAAUAAAGAUGUAGGGGAAAGAAGUCGAAAGCUCCUCCCAACAGCUCUUCCUCAUUGAGAGCUGAAGUAGUAGAUCAAAAACUUCCGAGGAGCGGGGUUGGUGGGGGGCAGAAAUAAAAGAGGGGAGACUCAUCAGAUACCAGCCGGGCGGAAGGGGCAAUCGAAUUACUAAUCAGAAACGGGACCCGGGCGAUGCCACUGUUACACCGAAAGCCCUUCGUGAGGGAGAAGCCCCCCGCUGACCUUCGGCCGGACGAGCACGUCUUCUACUGCAAGGUCACCAACGAGAUUUUCAGGAACUACGAUGACUUUUUUGAACGAACCAUUCUGUGUAAUAGCCUUGUGUGGAGUUGUGCUGUUACUGGUAAACCUGGACUCACAUAUCAAGAAGCACUAGAAUCAGAAAAGAAAGCCCUACAAAAUCUCCAGAACUUUCCAGAGCCACUUAUUGUUCCAGUUCUAUACUUAGUUACCCUCACUCAGCGCUCACGACUUCAUGAAGUUUGUGAUGACAUAUUUGCUUAUAUCAAGGACCGUUAUUUUGUUGGUGAAAUUGUUGCAGUACUUAGGAAUAAUGGUGAAAGACUGCAGUGUAAGAUUUUGGAAGUUAAAGCACCAGCGCAUCAAAAUGGAAUGGCUAAUGGCCACGUUAACAAUUCCGAUGGAGUCACUAUCGUAAUUAGUGAUAGUGAUGAUUCAGACUUGGAUACCAGUUCUGCACAAAAUGGGAAGGAAAAAGCCAUAACUGAAGCCUCCUUGUUCAAGUACAAAGUGAAGCCUAUUAAGAAACAAUUGUAUGAAUCUGUUACAGUGAAAGCAUCUCAGAUAUGCCGGAGGAAACAUCUAUUUUCUCGUGACAGACUGAAGCUCUUUUUGAAGCAACACUGUGAAUCGUAUGAUGGCAUUGUUAAAAUUAAGGCAAUAUCAGUUGCAAAAUACAAGAUAGCAGAACAGAAUUUUUCCUACCUCUUUCCUGAUGAUCCACCCACUUUUGUCUUCAGUCCUUCAAACAGACGGCGAAGGAGACCUCCAAAGAUGGCAUCUGAUGAUCAUGAGGAUUUCGUUGCAAAAGAGCAGUUUAGUCCUAGAAAUGCAAGCAGUGCAGCAAAAGAAAGGGCAAGACUCCAAAAAGAAAAAGACGAAAUGAGAGCCAUGGAAAAAUUGAAAAGAGAAAAGACAACUGCUAUAGAAUCCAAGAAGAAAGAAAGAGAAGAUAAGGAAAAAAGGAAGGAAGAACUUAAGAAGAUUGUGGAAGAAGAAAGGCUUAAGAAGAAAGAAGAGAGAGAGCGACUCAAAAUAGAAAAAGAAAAGGAAAGAGAAAAGCUUCGCGAAGAGAAAAGGAAAUACCUGGAACAUCUAAAACAAUGGAGUAAGCGUAGAGAAGACAUGGAAUGUGAUGAUCUUAAGGAACUUCCAGUUCCAACUCCAGUGAAAACCAGACUACCUCCUGAGAUCUUUGGUGAUGCUGUCAUGGUCUUGGAGUUUCUCCAUGCUUUUGGUGAACUCUUUGAUCUUCAAGAUGAGUUUCCUGAUGGAGUGACUUUAGAGGUUUUAGAGGAAGCUCUUGUUGGAAAUGACAGUGAAGGUCCACUAUGUGAAUUGCUGUUUUUCUUCUUGACGGCCAUUUUUCAAGCCAUGGCUGAAGAAGAAGAAGAAGUGGCCAAAGACCAAAUAGCUGAUGCUGAGACCAAAGAUUUAACAGAGGCUUUGGAUGAAGAUGCAGACCCCACAAAAUCUGCACUAUCUGCAGUUGCAACUUUGGCAGCUGCAUGGCCCCAGUUACAUCAGGGUUGCAAUUUGAAAAACUUGGAUCUUGAUAGCUGCACUCUUUCUGAGAUUCUCAGACUUCAUAUCCUAGCAUCAGGUGCAGAUGUAACAUCAGCCAAUGCUAAAUAUCGUUACCAGAAGCGAGGAGGAUUUGAUGCUACAGAUGAUGCUUGCAUGGAGCUAAGACUGAGUAAUCCUGGGUUGUUGAAGAAACUCUCGUGUACUUCCGUGUAUGAUCUAUCAUCGGGGGAGAAGAUGAAGAUUCUUCAUGCCCUCUGUGGGAAGCUUUUGACUCUUGUUUCUACUCGAGACUUCAUUGAGGACUCUGUUGAUGUAUUACGACAGGCAAAACAAGAAUUCAGAGAGUUAAAAGCAGAACAGCACCGGAAAGAAAGAGAAGCUGCAGCAGAAAGAAUCCGCAAGAAAAAAGAAGAAAGACUAAAAGGACAAGAACUAAAGAUGAAAGAGAAGCAAGAGAAACUGAAAGAAGAGCAGAAAAAUCCUGCAAUUGACGUUUCAAUUGGUGAGGAGGAGCGGGAAGAGCUUGAUACAAGCACAGAGAGCAAAGAAACUGAAUCAAAGGAGCAAGACUUAGAUGCUAUGACAGAUGAGGAAGAUGACAUUGUGCCAAACAAAAAGAGAAGAGGAGGAAGAAGACAGAAUGGCUUUAAAGAUCUGGCAAGGCAAAUAGAGACAACUGGUGAAAAACGUGAGCCACUCACUCCAGAGGAGGAAGAAGCUUUAAAACAGGAACAGCAAGCAAAAGAAAGGGAACUUACAGAAAAGAUUCAGAAAGCCACAGCCUGUACAAAUAUCUCUCCUUUGGGCCGGGACCGCCUAUACCGACGCUACUGGGUUUUCCCAUCUGUUCCAGGAUUAUUUGUGGAAGAAGACUAUUCUGGUCUUACAGAAGAUAUGUUGUUGCCUCGGCCGUCUUCAUUUCAAAAUAAUGUACAGAGUCACAUUGCAGAUAAAUCUCAGACUGCUACUAAAACUUCAGAGUCUUUGAAGACAGAAUCUACCUCUAACAGUCACCAAGAUUUCCAUACUGGUGCUACUGUACAGGUGUCGUUGCCAAUACAUAAGCCAAACCGGUGGUGCUUUUACAGUUCUCAGGAACAACUGAACCAACUUCUAGCAGCUCUCAAUUCCAGAGGAUACAGGGAAAGUGCCUUAAAGGAAAUUCUUUUGCAGGAAAAAAACAGAAUAUCUAAACAACUGGACAGUUUUGCUGUAGAAAAAUUCCACAUUUCAGAGAAACCUCAAAAUGAAAGCAAGUUGUAUCCAGUACGUGGGAAAACACAGAAUACAUAUGAUGCAGCUCCGAUGUCUGCAGAAAAGCAGCUUGAAUUGAGACUCAGAGACUUUCUUUUGGAUAUUGAAGACAGAAUCUAUCAAGGAACUUUGGGCUGUAUUAAGGUAGCAGACAGGCAAACUUGGAGGACAGCCUUAGAAAGUGGGCAAUAUGAGUUACUAAAUGAUGAAAACAAAGAAAAUGGUAUAAUGAAAACUGUGACUGAUGACGUAGAAGAGAUGGAAGUAGAUAAUCAAGCAAGAGGUAUUGCAAGAGACAGAUUGAUUGUAUUAAAACCUGAACCUAGAAGCACCGCUUCAACUAAUACAAGCACUCCGCAGCCCGUGAAUAAUGUUGUCCAUUACUUGGCAUCAGCACUGCUUCAAAUACAGCAAGGCAUUGAACGUAAAUUCCUCAAAGCUCCACUUGGUGAUGCAGAAGACAAUAAAAGAGACCCAAAAGGGGAUAAAAGGAGGAAAAGAGAAGAUCAGCCUAGUCAGAAAGAUGAUGCCAGCGAUGGUGGCCGUUCACAUAAAACAGUCUUGGACCGUUGGAGAGAAUCACUUCUGUCUUCUGCUAGCCUCUCUCAGAUCUUCCUCCACCUCUCAACACUAGAGCGAAGUGUAAUCUGGUCCAAAUCGAUCUUAAAUGCUCGCUGCAAAAUGUGCAGAAAGAAAGGAGAUGCUGAAUGCAUGGUGCUGUGUGAUGUCUGUGAUCGAGGCUAUCACAUUUACUGCAUAAGACCAAAGCUCAAGGUUGUUCCUGAUGGAGACUGGUUUUGCCCAGAAUGUCGACCAAAGCAGCGUUCCAGACGCCUCUCAUCCCGACAGAGACCUUCUGUGGAAAGUGAUGAAGAGGCCGAAGAACAGGUUGAAGAGGAGGAAGAUGAAACCAGUUAUGAAGAUACUGGACAUAGUGAGGAAGAAGGUGAUGAAGAUGAAGAGGAUGAGGACAACUCUGAUUCUCAAGAAGAGGAUGAUGAAAGCUUAUCCAAAUCAAGAAAACCUCAAGUAAAACUCGCUUUAAGAACAAGAGCCGCAAAACUUGCAACCAGCAUCUCAGGUCAAUACAGCCAGCGUCAGAGUACUGGAAGAUACAGUUCCCGGAGUCAGCAGAAUACACCUAAGCAAACCGGAUUUGCAAGUAAAGCUACUGGGAAGGGCAUAAGAAAGACAAGGUCUGCUCCUUCAUCAGUAGCAAAAUCAUCAAGACUUAGCAGCCGUACAACUCGCCAGAAUCGAGAUUUGCUACAAGCAGACACAUUUAUAGAGUUGACCAGUCCCCAGAGGCGACGCCGAGGAAGGAAGACAGCAGAUAAUACUCCAGAGAGUAGUCCUUCCAGUUCUCUCGGCUUCAGAAUUGUUGAUGCUACAGAUUCAAAGGAAAAGAAAAGUUCUCCCAUUCCUAUUGUAAAAAAUUCUCCUCAAGACACAGAGCCCAAAAAGAGGGGUAGGAAACGACAGUCUACAGAGCCGUCUCCAAUGCCUUUGAAUAGGAGAAGUUCAGGACGUCAGGGUGGAGUUCAUGAACUGUCUGCGUUUGAGCAGCUUGUUGUGGAAUUGGUGCGUCACGAUGACAGCUGGCCUUUUAUGAAACUAGUGUCCAAAAUCCAGGUACCAGACUACUAUGAUAUUAUCAAAAAACCUAUUGCCUUAAACAUAAUCCGUGAAAAAGUCAACAAAUGUGAAUACAAACUAGCUUCAGAAUUCAUUGAAGACAUUGAACUGAUGUUUUCAAACUGCUUUGAGUAUAACCCACGCAAUACAAGUGAAGCAAAGGCUGGAACAAGACUUCAGGAUUUUUUCCGUGUUCAGGCUCACAAGCUUGGACUUCCUCUUACUUCUGGUUACAUGGACCGUGCUGCUCCAGCAGCCAAAAAAUCCCGAAUCUAACGUCUUCCUUUUAAAGGACUUCUAUUAGAGGAAUCCUCUUAUAUUUUCAUGGAAAUGAAAUAUUUAAAUCAUGCAGCCAUAGAAAGCAAUAACAUCUGUCACACCUUGGAAGUGUGACCUGCACUAUGUUCUCAAUUAUUAAGCACUCAGGAGAAUGUAGGAAAGAUUACCUUUGCUACAGUUUUGUUCAGUGACUAAUAACUUUGAUCGAUGUGUUUUGAAUACAGUACUGGUUUACAGUAGCUUUUGUACUUUUAAUGACCAUUUUGUGUCAAAAUACCUUCCAGAAAUAUUUUUCUUCAGCACCAGAUAAUAUUGUUAUAUUGUUUAGAUCUUGUAGGAGCUGUGGCAUUGUCUUGUGAGGGUUCUACCUAGGCUAAAACAGUCAUCUGCAACGCAGUGGACAUCUGAAGUCACUUGAGCACAAAGUUUUGACACUACAAGUGAAUGAGUACACCUUUUUAUCAUUUAAAUUAGUGUGCUGGUGCUGGUUGGAGAAAUUCAGUCUGACUUUAUUAAGUAGAUAUUUAUUUAGCAUUCAAAUAAUUUGUGGAUUUGUUUUUGUAUUUAUAAAAAAAUUUACUUGGAGGAUAAAGAAUUCAUUAAUUUCCUGUUUACUCUGUGUUUAGUUGUUUAAACCUCUCAUGAUCAGUUAAUUGUCCUCUACCUGGCAGUUCUUACAGCAAAACUGAAAGUUUAUUUGUACAACUUCUGAGUGUAAAAAAUAAAGUGAAACAUUUUUCAAAGUA